AUGAGGUUGAAUUUCCAGCAAUCGUUACCUAGCCCUAUUUGCCUGAUACUCCUCCUCGUUUUUGCGAGAGGGGUGCUGCUCAAAAUAUGGUGUAUGUGGUUACGGCCCCGAUUAUAUGGCUUUUGUGGAACAACUAAACCAUUCUGCGGAGAUGUCAAAGUCGAUCGCCCCAACUGUCCUAGCCAGAGUACUCUACAUAGGGUAGUCGGCUAUUAUGAGGGAUUCGGGACAAAUAGGCCAUGCUAUGCGAUGUAUCCCGAGUUUAUACCCCUAACAUAUACCCAUAUCAAUUAUGCCUUUGCACUCAUUGACCCGAUCACAUUUCAUGUUGUCCCCGCAACCUUAAAAGACAUUGACCUUAUGGCGCGGGUUACCGCUCUUAAGAGACGAGAUCCUUUUCUUAGAGUCAACAUUGCAAUUGGAGGAUGGGCUUUCAAUGACCCUGGACCAACAGCAACUACCUUCUCAGAUCUUGUCGGGUCCGAAGCUAACCAGAGAGAAUUCUUUAAAUCACUCAUAUCAUUCAUGGCGACUUAUGACUUUGAUGGAGUAGACAUUGACUGGGAGUAUCCAGUUGAUAAAGACAGAGGCGGCCGACCCCAAGACUUUGAAAACUUCCCAAAAUUUAUGGCAAAUCUAAAAAAUGCACUGAAAUCAACUGGCGGAAGAGAGGAAGUUAGUCUCACUCUCCCGGCAUCAUAUUGGUACCUUCAGCAUUUUGAUUUGAAAAAUUUAUCACCACAUAUUGACUACUUCAACGUCAUGUCUUAUGAUUUGCAUGGAACUUGGGAUAAAGGAAAUAAAUGGACCGGGAAUAUUCUUAACGCCCAUACAAAUUUAACGGAAAUUGAACUGGCACUAGAUUUGAUAUGGCGCAAUGAUAUCAAUCCUAGUAAAGUUGUGAUGGGUUUAGGCUUUUACGCAAGAGCUUUUACCGUCGAGGAUAGAAAUUGCCUCGAGAUCGACGACAUUAUCAAAGCCAAAAAUCUUAAACCAAAAUUAGAUAAAGAUGCUGCGGUUAAGAUUUUAACAUGGGAUGACCAAUGGCUUACUUUCGACGACGAGGAGACGCUUGCACUUAAGGCCUCUCACGCCCGACUCCGUUGCCUGGGAGGAGUGAUGGUUUGGGCUAUCAGUCACGAUACCACGGAUAACAAGUACGCUAAAGCACUUGCAAAAGCUGCUAAACGCUCGUUUGACGUUUUCUUUCCUAUCAAGAAUGGGGACGAUGAAGUUUAUGUCGAUGUUCGUGAUCCAGUCAAGCAGUGUAAAUGGACAGGCUGUGGUGAAACAUGCCCCAAUGGAUACCAUGUUGUUGAUCGGUUGGAUAAGGAGGCCAAAAAGGGCGAGAUAAUGCUCGACCAGACUGGCUGCCCACAAGGGCUCAUUAACACGUGGUGUUGUCCGAACGAUUGGGGCACGGUGGAGUGUGGGUGGUAUCAACAUCACAAUGGCAAGUGUACAACCGAAUGUCCAGAUGGUCAGGUCGAAGUAGGCUCGAACUCGAUGUAUUGCAACAACGAUAGGUACCAGGCGGCAUGCUGCAAAGUUGAAAAACGCAGUAUGGAAGCCUACCAAAGAGUCGAGUGGUCACGAUACCCUAAUUGCGAUUCCGGAUCAUGUCCAUACACCGAUCAGGACAAACGCGAGGUCUUGGUAAAAUCCGAAACUGGAAGUGGCGGAGCUGUAUGCAGCUUCAAUUACGUGGGUAACUCCUGGGAUGCAGUUCAAGUUUUUGAGUCAAGAUCUCUAUGCUAUGGCACCAAGGGUACCAACUCUCUCGAUGACUGUUUCGGUAAUGACUUUUCUGGCGGUAUCGGCAACCCACAUUUUAGCUCGUCGUUAUGCCUUUCAGGAUGCCCUGAGGACAAGAUCAGGCUUGCAAUGGAUACCCACUCUAAAGUGUGCAAGAAUAUCGGUGGUGCAAACUCGUUUUGCUGUCGGCCUUCGGUUUAUGUGGAACAUACACAACUUAACCCCCGCGUCACGGAUUUCCGCGAUGCGCUUAAGACACACCUAGAUAAGCAACUGUGCCCUACAGGACACCCAUUCGACCCGUCGUCUCUCCCUAACUUGGGGGUAUCACAUGGCUCAGUAACUAAGAGGGAGGAGAGCUUGCCCAAGGAAUUAGAAGUACUGAUUACAACCCUCGGAGAUCUAUUCCAAGCAGUGACUUACACUGUGUUGCAAAAGAAACAGGUGGAGGACUGGGAUACAAGAGUUAGAGAUACAUACCCUAACCUGGUCAUGAAAUCUCUCAAGACCUUCGUUGUCGGCACAGUGAUAUGGAAAACCAAAGGUGCAGUCUAUGCGGCCUACAACAUCUUGUGUGAUCUUAACGGCUUCAACCAACAACUUGAUAAGGACCGCAACAAAGAAUGCGGCUGUCAGGGUACCAUCUGUGACUUCGUCGCGGAGGUUUGUUCCCCUGAGGAUGACAAAAAUCACCUCCCUACGGGACACCCACACGGUAACGUGGGGACCGAAGAGCAUCGCACCUCAAACGACAUACACACGUUUUCCAGCGAAGUACGUGAGUACAAGGCCUAUUGUGAAGACGGAUCUUACCACACACUUCAGAUCUCGCCCGCGGAGUACACCUCUGCUUGGGAUUGGGACGCAAACCAUGAUAUUUGGAAUCGGGCCAUAGAUAUGUUGGACCGUCAAGAUUGCGGCAAUCCUAAAGUUAACACAUACGUUGAAACUCCACAGACGGAACAACAAUAUCAUACGGAGCAUAUUCUAGAGAUUCAGACUAUCACGCUCUUUUUCGAAUACGCUAGCCAAGGCAAGUAUAUUUACUCGAUGGGAACUUACGAUCCAAUACCGUGCGAAUUUUUUGUGGAACUUGGCACAUUCCUCCAUAAUGAGCGUGAUCCACCGUCGUUCCCAGGCGGGUAUCAGUCACCCGUCCCGAAUGAUAGAAUAAUGGACGCUCUGGGCUCUACCUCUAAUGACGGGAAUUUCUGGCUCCUCCAGGAAGGUAUCAACGGAAUGAAAGCAAUCUUGUGGUCAAACAAGAACCCGGCCACGGAGACUAGAAUGCAGGAGCUAUAUGAUGCGGAUGACCCCCAUCCCGCAAUCAUUGUUAUCCAAACCACAAUCGCAGUGUUCGAAUAUUUGAACUCUAUAUCUGUUCGGACAUCCUUUAUUACCAUUGAGGGAAACCUUCGAAAGGUGUUUCGUGACGUUGAGCUCUCUUACAGAGAGAAACACGGGAAAAGGGUGAGGCUAGUCAGAGUAUGGGACGAAUUCUUCGAAGACCUUCUCGAUGGGAUGCAGAGAAAAGCUACAGAUUUUGUUGAGAAGUGGAUUGACAAAAUGCUUGCCAAAUGGAGUUCUCCUGAUGCCCCAGAUCCUUGUGCGGCACCUGGUGCAGUUGCUGACCUUCAAAAACUUUCUCUGUUCAAAAUGGAGCUAGAAAUCAGUACUCAUGGCUUCGACGCGCAUCCCAUGCUAGAUUAA